AGAGGAGUGUGAAGCUAAGGAUAAUUAUAUAAUGUGUGAACGCUGUACAGAGUCAGUGCAUAAGCAGCUCUACGAUUUACACCAAAUGGAAGACUAUUGUAGAGAACUCAAAACUGGUGCCGCUCGCUGUCCCCUGUGUCAUGAUGAUGUGCAUUUGCCUUUGGACGGUGGUUGGAAAUUACACUUAUUAAGUGCUUCCGGUUGUCCAGGCAAUUCGAGAAGACGUGCGAAAAAAUCCUCUUAAAGUGUUAAAAUAUUCGGAAAUAUAUAAAAAUAAGAACCCAUUUUUGCCUUCUUCAAACAAAAAAAAAAAUAAAAAUCAAAUCUUAAGAACUAUAAACGUUUUUACAAAACCAAAAUGUUUAAUAAUUAAUUAGCACUUGGUUAUUUAGGGACAUAAAUAAGCUCAUUUUAAUAAAAAUGGCUUUAAACUGAAAUUAAACUAUAAAAGAAAUAAAAACAGUAUUUUGCAUAAUUUUUUGAGCUUAAAUUAAAAAAAAUUGCAAAAAAAUAAAGUAUUAC